CAGUGUACUAUCACACUAUUUUAAUGAUCACAACAACCUUAGCCCCAUUCUAUUUCUCAGCCACAAACAAUCAAUCAAUCCCCACAAAAAAUGAACAACGGUGGUGGGCACAUGGAAGGCAUGGCGCCGCCGGCACCGGCGACGCAGCGGCGGCGCAUGAUGAUGCACAUGACCUUCUUCUGGGGCAAAGACACCGAGAUUCUGUUCGACGGGUGGCCCGGCCGCGACCAUCUGGGCAUGUAUCUGUUGGCGCUGGCGGUCAUCUUCUCCGUCGCCGUCGCCGUCGAGUGGUUCUCCCACUGCAGCGUUUUGAAGGAGAAGCGGCCGGCGGCGGGGCUGCUGCAGACGCUAAUGUACUCGCUCAGGAUAGGCCUCGCCUAUCUGGUCAUGCUGGCCAUCAUGUCCUUCAACGGCGGCGUUUUUGUGGUCGCCGUCGCCGGACAUGCCGUCGGGUUUUUCUUCUUCGGGAGUAGGGCUUUUAGGAAGCAGACGGCGGAUUCCGAUCUGCCGCCGGUGAAUUGCUGCUGAUCGCUGUCUAUUUUAGGUAUAAUUUAGGGUAGGUUUAAUUAAUUAGAUUUCGCAGUUUUGUUUGAUUAAUGGUAUGUACUUAAAUACCUUUGGAAUAAAAUGUUUGCGACUUUAAUUU